CCAAGACUGGCUUCCUGCAGCGUGAAGAAUCGCUGGCCCUCGUACACUUUGAAAACGGCACACUCUAAGCAUGUCUCGACUAGUCACUCGGCUCCUUUUCAUUUCUAAACAUUCAAGAGCUGCACUAUCGUUAUUACCAAAGCGCAUCCCAGCCUCGUGCCAAGUACACACAAGUCCGGUCCUGACAUCCCUCACCCGUUAUGAUGAAACUACAGACUGGCAAAAGAAACUCUCCCCUGAGCAAUAUGUCGUGACAAGAGAAAAGGGGACUGAGGUGCCCUUUAGUGGGAUCUACUUGAACCACUAUGAAGUGGGGAUGUACCACUGUGUAUGCUGUGAUUCACCACUCUUCAGCUCAGAGGCUAAGUACGACUCUGGGACAGGCUGGCCAGCUUUCAAGGAGGCUCAUGGCACUUGGGAGCGAGAUGAGAGCCACACUUCCAUUAUUCGUCGCCCUGACAACAGUUUGGGGAGUGCCAGCAUGGAGGUCCUUUGUAAAAAUUGUGAUGCCCACUUGGGUCAUGUAUUUGAGGAUGGUCCAGACCCAACUGGUCAGCGGUUCUGUAUUAACAGUGCAGCCCUCAACUUUAAACCUAGAGACAACAACAAACGUGACGUGACUGAAGAAAACUGAUCUGUUAGUUGGAGUUGUGUGUCGUGAACAACAAAGUUGCUUUUCAUUGCUUGAAGCAUCACAUUUUUGUUUACUUUUUUUUUUGCUCAGUUGUGUGAAGUUUGCCAAUUA